AUGAACGACGAUGUCUUUGGAGGCUAUGGAUCUCCGCAGCAGCUAGAUAAUUUGUCACUUCAUCCUCAACCGUCCGAUCGUCCCUCCAGUCCGCCCUCCCAGUCCGAUUAUGGCGAGUUCCCCAGCUUCAAUUCUCUCGACGAUGAGCCUAAAACGAAGUCUUCCGACGCACCGACCGAGAAUUUACCCACAAGUUCGAACAUAGGGACUGUUUCUGAGACAUAUGAUGAAAAUGGGACCUAUCCAAUCCAAUCAAAUCGACCCAGUGCCCAGAUGCUUCCGCCUCCCAAACCCUCGAUUGCGCCAAAUCCGCAGAUGACAUCCGAAGAAUAUAAUGCGCAACUCCUCUCUGACCCUCGAAUGCGAAAUUCCAGUGUCGUGAACCCGGACUUCAUACAGCAAUACUACCGAGAGUCUCGGCUCCAUCAUUUGUCAACAUGGAAAGCUGAUCUGAAAGCUCAGCUCCAAGCAGCGACUAAAGAUAAAGUCCAGUCGCAAGUGGCGAAGAAGAAGCCAGUGCCUGGAGCCAGACGAUACGUCCUGCACGUGGACUUCGACUCAUUUUUCGCUGCAGUAGCACUUCUGAAACAUCCUGAGUUAAAAGAUAAGCCUGUGGCUAUAGCUCAUGGCCCGGGAGCAGGAUCAGAGAUCGCAAGCUGUAACUAUGUUGCGCGUGCUUCGGGGAUCAAGAAUGGAAUGUGGAUGAAAGGAGCCUUGGACGCGUGUCCACAGCUUCAAGUCCUGCCAUACGACUUUCCGGCAUAUGAAGAGGCCAGUCGAAAGUUCUAUAAUUCAGUCCUUGCAAUUGACGGAAUCAUUCAAAGUGUUAGCAUUGACGAGGCUCUUAUCGAUGUUACCCAGUUAUGUCUGGAAGCUGGGGGCUCAGAUGGAAGAGGAGUCUCGGAGGGUUCUAUCUACCGCGAACAAGCGAAAGCUGAUGAGAUCGGCCAAGACCUACGCGAUUCUGUCAAGGAGAAGACCGGAUGUGCUGUAUCAGUUGGCAUUGGUGCAAACAUUCUUCAAGCCAAAGUCGCCUUGCGAAAAGCCAAGCCGGCAGGACAGUUUCAGAUGAAACCAGAUGAUGUUUUGCAAUUCAUGGGAGAUCUUACCGUCCGGGAUCUUCCAGGUGUUGGGCAUAGCCUAAGUGCCAAGUUGGAAGAGAUUGGAGCUACAUUAGUCAAGGACAUGAGAGAUUUUUCUCGUGAGAGGUUGGUGUCUGCUCUCGGGCCAAAGACUGGAAUUAGGAUGUGGGAAUAUGCUCGUGGUGUUGACAAAACCGAAGUUGGAAUCGAAGUUAUUAGGAAAUCAGUCUCGGCUGAGGUCAACUGGGGCAUCAGAUUUGUCAAUCAAGAUCAAGCUGAAGAUUUUGUGUCAUCUCUCUGCGGGGAGCUGAACCGGCGACUAGUUGAAAACCUAGUUAAGGGCAAGCAGCUAACCCUGAAAGUUAUGCGACGAUCAAUGGAUGCUCCCCUCGAACCGGUCAAGCAUCUAGGACAUGGAAAAUGCGACACCUUCAAUAAGAGCAUUGUUAUUGGCGUAGCCACCAAUGUCACUGAUAUCAUUGCUAAGGAGGCCAUCGUGAUGCUGAGGUCUUUCAAUUUUUCUCCCGGUGACUUACGCGGUCUUGGGGUGCAAAUGACCAAACUCGAGCCACUUAAGGCCGGGCAAUCUAGCAAUGUUGAUAGCAGCCAGCGACAACUCAAUUUUGCGAAGUCUCCAUCUCGAAUGCGGACAGCCGACAUGAUUGAGACAGACAGUCCGUCCAAAGUUGAAAUGCCUCGCAUAGACCAUCGGACACCCACGAAUAUCUCAAGGAGCCCUGCCGAUAUUCCUGGAUCACAAUUCAUAAUGCCAACUCAGGUUGACCCAGCGGUCCUUUCUGAGCUUCCUAGUGAGAUUAGAUCAAGACUAGUGGCACAGUCGAAAUCUGAAGACGAGCCACGCGUCACGUCACCCUCGCCUGCUCCAAGGCCUGUUGCUCCAGCUCCAGCGCUGCCUCCGCAGUCUCAAUUAGAUCCCGAGAUUCUCUUAGCUUUGCCAGAUGACGUCCGUGACGAAGUUCUGGGUUACUACGACCAACAAACACCACCUCUGGAACCGCCUGCGCCUGUAGCGGCUGUGCCAGGUCCACGUGCAGUGCCCGUCUCCCGCCCGCUUUCUUCUGGGAAUGUUGGUGUGAAACGGCCAUACUCCCCUCCAAAGAAAAGACGCGGUCGCCCUCCGAAGUUUUCAAGGGUUGAUCACAGAACGCAAACUCUUUCAAAUUUUGUUUCAAGGCCAGCACCUACUUUCCCUCCAAUAGGACAAAGCGCUCCUCGCCAACCAUCUCCAACUCACGAGCCAGAAUCUGAAAUAUCAUCUGAGUUCUUGGCAGCCCUACCUGAGGAUAUCCGCCAAGAGAUUUUAGAAGAACAACGUCGCACUCGGAUGCUCCAGCAGUCUCAUGCCAAUACUCCCACCGUUAACCCCGGACCAGACACGGAGCCUAAUCCUCUAGCCGUCAUCGCAGCACCGGACGAGAGAAGACUCCCUCUACCCCCUCUUCCAGAACGGCCAGUAUUCACAUCGCAACGUCUUUCGGCAUUGCCCGAUCUUCGAGCAGCGGUCCGUGAAUGGCAUUCUGCCUUUUUGGACCAUGGCCCAUAUGGUGAAGAUGUCGAGGUAAUGUCUACUUAUCUGGGUCGUGUUAUCGUCGACGAAAAGGACAUUGAGAAAGCUGUUGCCGUGGUGCGAUGGCUGAUAUGGCUCAUUGAUGAAGAUAAUGUCGGCCGUGUGCCGAUAGAUAACCAAACUCCUAGAUCUGAACAGGGAAUUGUGACCUGGGCAGAAGCUAUUGAGAUGCUACACGCUUGUGUUCAAACUGCAUUGGAGGUUAGAGGGAUGGCUCCGGUUGACUUCGAUUAA